AUGGAGGGCCAAUAUGGCUGGGGAACCUUUGAAGAUGGAUGGAGAAAGGGACCCUGGACUCCUCAAGAGGACAAGCUCCUCACUGAGCAUGUAAAGCUGCAUGGAGAAGGAAGAUGGAACUGUGUCUCCAGGCUAACAGGGCUUAAGAGAAGUGGGAAAAGCUGUAGGCUUAGAUGGGUUAAUUACUUGAGGCCUGAUCUCAAGAGAGGCAAGAUCACCCCUCAUGAAGAAACCAUCAUUCUUGACCUCCAUGCUAAGUGGGGAAAUAGAUGGUCGACGAUUGCUAGAAGCCUUCCAGGAAGGACUGAUAACGAGAUCAAGAAUUACUGGAGGACUCAUUUCAAGAAAGGAAAGCCGACGAAGAAUAUCGAGAGAGCCCGAGCAAGAUUUUUCAAGCAACAACAGGAGCAAAAACAGAAGCUGCAGCAGUUGCAACAGCAGCAACAACAACAACAAUGUCAAUUAGAAGUACCUCAAUUUGAAGAGAUAGUCAUAGCACAAGAGAUGCAAGAAAUGACAUACAUCUACAACAUGCCAUAUAUGUUCCAAGGUGAAGAAUUCAAUGGCAAGUCGACGGCGAGCAGCGACGAAAAAUCAAGCGAUGAUGAAGCUUAUUAUGCCACAUGGGAGAAUCUGUGGAAUCUGGAUGACUUGGGAUUGGAUAUGGGAGAUGAAGCACUUCCUUUCUACUACUAG